UAACGAUGACGAACAGUUCGGCCCUGCACAAAUCUAAAAAAAAAAGAAGGUCGCGUGAAAAUUUUUCAGCACUUUUUUACCCAGUGAAAAUUCAAAGAAGAAAUGGACGAGGAUAAGGAAUACGAGGAGUACGUUGCACUGAAGGAGGUUUACUAUGCGGCCAUGGAGAGAUUUUUGACGGAACACCAAAAACAAGAAUCCUUCAAGUCCUACAAAGAGCGUAUUCAAAAGGAACUUGAGGAUUCCGUGAAGGAAUUGACACGAAAGAAGAAGGAUUAUCAAUUUAUUACGACCACAUUUACGCAGACAAAGGAUUAUAAGAGAAUUUUUUGCAGGGUAGAAGACCUCACCGAGACUCUGCAGGAAGUCCAUUUGGAAAAUAAAGCAAAGAAAACAGAUUUCGAGGAGAAAUCUAAUAUAAAGAAGAUAUUGAGGAAACGUGAGAAGAAGCUGGAAGCGUCUAGGAAGAGUUUUGCUGAAUCAGAUCUCGCAAGAGAGGUCGCGAAAGUCGAGGAGGAGGUUAAUGAAGCCAACCUGGGAGUAAAGGAGCUCAAGGAGGAAUUCACCAAGCUGUCAGAUCUUCUCAAUGCUGCUGAAAAUAACGAGAUGGAGAAGAAAUUGAAAGAGGAAAAGGAGGAAAUUGCUGCUUUGGAGCGCAAAGAUGCUCAGCUGGAGACAGAAAAGUCGGCUCGACAGAAGCGAAUUGAGACACAGAGGAAAGAGACUGAAGAACUCACAAAGGAAAUAUCACACGGCAGUACUUUCUCGGAUAGUUUUGCUAAACUCUUCUCUAAAGUGCAGACAAAGGGGGAUGUUGAUGAGAAUGAAGAAGUUCCGGAUAGUCAGCCUACUGAACUAGACAAACUUCCUGCGACAGCAGAAGUACCCAAAGGACUUUCUGCUGCCGAUGUAAUGAAUUCGCAGAUCCAAGCAAAUCCAGGAAUUGUCAUGUUGAAUCCUCUCUAUGAUCUCAGUGAUACGUUUAAGAUCACUCACCAGGCAAAGAAGGGUUCUCACUUAACUUUUUCUGUCCCAAAAAUUCCGGCAGAGACAAAGAUUGUCAAGAAACACCGUAAGUCCACUCCAGCUAAACAAUCUUCCAAUGAUCAGAAGGAAGCUCCCAAGGUCAAGGGAAAACAGCCAAAAACAGCUGCUCCUGCUCCCACUAAAUCUUCAUCAGGAAAGGUGACUUCUUCCUCACAGGGUUCCAUCUCAAAAUACUCUGCUCCCUCUGCUGUUAGGAAAAUGAGGAGUGCCUCAUCUGAUGAUCGUCAUUUUGUGAUCACCACACAGCAGUCUACUUCACAGGAAAAGCCAUCAUUUGAUGCUGGGCAGAAGAAAGUGAAGAAGAUUUCCGGAAAGGCAAGAUCUUCUCUUCCGGACAAUUUACAGCGUCGACUCAGAUUGAUGUCUUCCGAUCCUUCCACUGAGCAGAACGUGAAAGCAAAGAAAUCAUCUCAGUCAGGGGAGAAGUCGAAGAAGGAAUCCGCUGGAAAAGGAUCUGAUGAUAAAAAGGUGACAUUCGUAGAGCCAACAGGAACAUCUCAGCAGAAGCAAAAGAGAAAGACGUCCAAUGAGUCGGCGGAGGCUAUGAAGUCAGCAGAAGUGAUGAAGGCGAAACCAAAACAAGUCCAGGAGAGCAAGAAAAUUGAAGUUCUCGAGCAAAUUAUCAUCCCAUCUCCGGGAAAAGGAUCUUCUUUUUUGAUAUCACCGGAUGGAUCCUCUAUGGAUAUGGGAUCUGAUCUUGAUUUCAAUAUGGAUACUUUUGAGGAUGGUGGUGGAGCCUCUGGGGGAGGAGAUUCUCCGGCAAAUUUCUUCAAUGGAAGCUCUUCGGAAAACAAGAAGAAUUCUAAUAAUAACGACGGCUUCUUUGAUUUCUUUUAAAUGCCAUUUUCUUUCAAUUUUAAAUUCAAUUUUUCAUUUCCAAUUUUUAAUUCAAUUGACUCAAUUGAUUUUAAUUACCUAAUUUUCCUUUAAUUGUAUAAAACCAUUGAAUUUUACAAAUGAAAUAUUUAAAAUAAAAUUCUUUCUAAAAUUAAAUAAA